UGCCGGGUGAAGGGGGAUGCGCCGGGCGCUUGCUCAGACCGAUCCGCUCCUUCCUCCGGGCGCAGCCGCCAUUUUGGGAGCGGAGACCAGGAGGAGCGGGAUCGGCGAGUCGGGGCAGCCGCCGAGAGAGCCGCCGCCGCCGCAGAUCUCACUACAAUUGCCAGGACACCAUGGCCGAUCUGGUGGCUGUCUGGGAAGUUGCUUUAAGUGACGGUGUUCACAAGAUUGAAUUUGAACAUGGGACCACAUCUGGCAAACGUGUUGUGUAUGUAGACGGAAAGGAAAUAGUAAGAAAAGAAUGGAUGUUCAAACUGGUAGGAAAAGAGACAUUUACUGUUGGGGAAGCCAAUAACAAAGCUACAAUUAACAUUGAUGCAGUCAGUGGCUUUGCUUAUGAAUAUACCUUGGAAAUCAAUGGAAAGAGCCUUAAGAAGUACAUGGAGAACAGGUCGAAGACCACAAACACUUGGGUGUUAGCCCUGGAUGGGAAUGACUGUAGGAUUGUGUUGGAGAAAGACACCAUGGACAUCUGGUGCAAUGGUAAAAAAAUGGAAACAGCGGGUGAAUUUGUAGAAGAUGGAACAGAAACCCAUUUCAGUAUUGGCAACCAUGAUUGUUGCAUUAAAGCAGUUAGUAGUGGAAAGAGAAGGGAAGGAAUUAUUCAUACACUUAUUGUUGACAACACAGAAAUCGCAGAAGUUCUGGAAUAACCUUAAAGUGUUUUGGCUACUACAGAUUCAAAGAUCAGGGAUUUUCAAUUACUAUGGUAAUUGACAAUUUUACUAUGUACUACUUGAUAACAUUCCGUAUGUGUUAUUUUAUUUUCUAGUUGCUGUAUAUUAAAUUUAUUGGAGGAUCAGAUAAGAAUGUAAAAUUACGUACAACCUCCAGCAUUCCUAGCAGUUUUGUAAAUUAUAUAAAUAUAUAUUAUGACACUAAAGGGAAAUUUUGACUAAUGUACAAAUUGUUUACAUGGAAAUUUUUUAAUAGAAUAAAAAAUGCAGAAUGAAA